GAAGUGAUGCUUUCGAGGCACACGGGGCCAAGAUGGCGGCGCUGGGGAACGAAGGCCGCCGUGUUGGCGGCAGCGGAGGCCCUUCGUCUUCCUCCUCGCUCUCCAUGGAGGAGAUCCGCGCCCUUCCUGGCCUCCCGGAACUCGAGGCCGCCUACAGCCGCCUCUGCGCGGAAGAGAUCACAGUCGAGGAAGAGCUGGAGAUGCUUCUGGAACAGCAGGGCACAAUCGAGGGCAAGAUGGCUUCCCUCCAUCGCAUGGGCCCUAACCUGCAGCUGAUCGAAGGUGAUGCCAAGCAGUUGGCAGGGAUGAUCACCUUCACCUGCAACCUGGCAGAGAACGUAAGCAGCAAAGUUCGGCAGCUGGAUCUUGCCAAGAACCGCCUCUACCAGGCCAUCCAGAGAGCGGAUGACAUCUUGGACCUGAAGUUCUGUAUGGACGGUGUUCAGACGGCCCUGAGGGGUGAAGAUUAUGAGCAAGCCGCUGCUCACAUCCAUCGCUACCUUUCGUUGGACAAGUCGGUCAUUGAGCUGAGCCGAAAGGGACAAGAAGGCAGCAUCAUCGAUGCCAACUUGAAGCUCCUUCAGGAGGCAGAGCAGCGGCUCAAGGUGAUCGUGACAGAGAAAUUUGACGUUGCCACAAAGCAGGAAGACUUGCCUCAGGUGGAGCGCUUUUUCAAGAUCUUCCCCCUCCUUGGGCUUCAUGAAGAAGGGCUCAGCAAGUUCUCCGAAUACCUCUGCAGGCAGGUGGCCAAUAAAGCAGAGGAGAACUUGCAACUAGUGAUGAAAACAGACAUGACGGACCGCCGAGCUGCCGUCAUCUUUGCAGACACCUUAACUCUCCUCUUUGAAGGCAUUGCCCGGGUUGUGGAGACCCACCAGCCCAUCGUGGAGACCUACUAUGGGCCUGGCAGGCUUUACACUAUGAUCAAGCACCUGCAAGCCGAAUGUGACCGACAGGUGGAGAAGGUCGUGGACAAGUUUGUGCAGCAGAGAGACUACCACAGGCAGUUCCAACAAGUGCAGAACAGCAUGAUGAGGAGUUCAGUGGCAGAAAAAAUUGAACCAAGGGAGCUUGACCCUGUUUUGACGGAGGUCACCCUGAUGAACGCCCGGAGCGAGCUGUACCUGCGGUUCCUUCGGAGGCGCAUCACUGCCGACUUUGAGGUGGGAGAUUCCAUGGCGCCGGAAGAAGUCAAGCAAGAGCACCAGAAGAGCCUGGACAAACUGCUGCACCACUGCCUCCUAAGCUGCGCCAUGCAGGAGCUGAUUGGCUACUACAUCACCAUGGAAGAGUACUUCAUGCGGGAGACUGUCAACAAGGCUGUUGCCAUGGACACCUGCGAGAAGGGCCAGCUGACCUCCAGCGUAGUGGACGACGUCUUCUACAUCGUGAAGAAGUGCAUCGGGAGGGCCCUCUCCAGCUCCAGCAUCGACUGCCUCUGCGCCAUGAUCAACCACUCCAUCACCGAGCUGGAGUCCGACUUCAGGGAGGUCCUGUGCAACAAGCUGAAAGUGGGCUUCCCGGCCACCACCUUCCAGGACUUCCAGCGAGGGGUGACCAGCGCCGUCAGCCUCAUGCACAGCAGCCUCCAGCAGGGAAAGUUCGACACCAAGGGCAUCGAGAGCACCGACGAGGCCAAGCAAUCCUUCCUGGUGACGCUUAACAACGUGGAAGUUUGCAGUGAAAACAUCAUGACUCUGAAGAAGACCCUGGAGAGCGACUGUGCCAAGCUGCUCAGCCAAGGCUUUGGGGGCGAACAGGCCCAGGCCAAGAUUGACAGCUGCCUUUCGGACAUGGUGGCCGUCUCCAACAAGUUUCGGGACCUGUUGCAGGAUGGCCUGAAUGAACUGACGAACUCGGCCAUCAAGCCACAGGUCAAGCCCUGGAUCAACCUCUUCCUCUCCGUCUCUCAUAACAUCGAGGAGGAAGAGUUUAGUGACUACGAAGCCAAUGAUCCGUGGGUCCAGCAGUUCAUCCUCAACCUGGAGCAGCAAAUGGGGGAGUUCAGGGCAGGACUCUCCCCCGUGAUCUACGACAGCCUGACCAGCCUGAUGACCAGCCUCAUCGCUCUCGAACUGGAGAAGGUUGUCCUCAAGUCCACCUUCAACCGGCUGGGUGGGCUGCAGUUUGACAAGGAACUGCGCUCCCUCAUCGCUUACCUGACCACCGUCACUACCUGGACCAUCCGUGACAAGUUUGCCCGGCUCUCCCAGAUGGCCACCAUCCUCAACCUGGAGCGGGUGACGGAGAUCCUGGACUACUGGGGGCCCAACUCCGGCCCGCUGACCUGGCGCCUGACCCCGGCCGAAGUCCGCCAGGUGCUGGCCCUCCGGAUAGACUUCCGCAGUGAAGACAUCAAGCGGCUGCGGCUCUGAUUGACCAGGAACCCCGCCAGAGGGUCUUUUCCUCAGACAAAGAUUCUGCAACUUGAGAAUCUUUGCAGCUUCCCUAAUGGUGAAGCAUCACAGACACUUUAUUUGGGACAGAUUAAAACUUGUGAGCCACAUCCAUCUCCACGCGACGCAUUCUGUGGAGGUGGCUCUUUAAUAAUGUUAUUUCUUACCCACCUCUCCUCAUGGCUCACAGCACAAUCAAAGCACAAUGCCAAAAUUGUAUUUGAACGCAUAUUUAUUGUGGCUUCUUUAGAUUUGCCCUUGUCUGUGUCUCUAAAGAGAGUGGCAUCCCUUGAGUCGCAAGAGAUACGUUUCUGCCACAAAAGGCAACUAGGUCAGAUUGAAAUAUACGACCAAUGACAGGAACUUGAGAGACUUCUGCAGAGCUUUUGCACAAGCAAGAGGUGCAAAUGUUAUCUUUUAUUUUGGACAUUCUGUUUUGAUUUCACGUCCUUUUAGAUCCAAUACACACCCAGCAUUUCCCACCUCCUCAGAAGUGCAAUCCCUAUUUGCCAACCCUUCUGCCCUCCAAACUUUGGUCCUCCAAAUGUUUUGGACUACAACUCCCACAAUUCCUAACAGCCUGUUGACUAUUUGGAAUUGUGGAAGUUGACGUCCAAAAUACCUGGAGGGAGAGCUGAAGUUGGCCCAUGUCUGUGCUAAAAGGACGUGGUAUAGCCCUCAGAAUAGAAGACCCGAUCCCAACUGGCCUCUUGCAUUGUGACACAUGAAAUAAAACUCUGAGAAAGAG